AUGAGAACUUGCCGUUAUGUAGGAACUGUGCAAAAAGUCCUCAAUAGACGAAAGUAUAUCACGUUUAAAAAUUCAUUACAGACAAGUUCAUGGGAAAAGGGUAAAGGCGUUUAUUACGCAAAACUGUAUAAUGCUGAUGAUAAUUUGAACCUAUCGAAUGAUUUACUCCAAAAUCCGAACCAAACUCAAGCCCCGCCACAACAGCUACAGCUGCAGCAACAACAACAGCAACAACAACAACAACAGCAGCAGCAAUCACUGCAAACGGCAUUCUCAACUCUUCAAGUAUCGGAAGGUUCAGAUGAUACGAAGCUGAUGCAAUCAACACUGUUGGAUGAACGAAUCGACAGCAGUGGCAGAGAAUAUCAAAAUCGAAACUUGAACUCAGUCAUCAAAAGUAUCAACGGAAACAAAACUCGAAUCAUAAUGAAUUCGAAUAGUAAAAGCAACAAAAGCGGUGCUGAUCAAAACAGCUCUCUGCAAGACACACACUAUAACGGUACUUCAUGA